AUGAAGGAAAAAUCCAAGAAUGCAGCGAAGACGCGCCGGGAGAAGGAGAACGGGGAGUUUUACGAGCUGGCCAAGCUGUUGCCUCUGCCGGCGGCCAUCACCUCCCAGCUGGACAAGGCCUCCAUCAUCAGGCUGACCAGCAGCUACCUGAAGAUGAGGGCAGUCUUCCCGGACGGUCUGGGUGAUGGAUGGGGGCAGUCGUCCAGGUUCAGCCCUCUGGACAGCAUGGCUAAAGAACUGGGCUCCCACCUCUUACAGACCCUGGACGGCUUUGUUUUUGUCGUUGCCUCUGAUGGUAAAAUCAUGUACAUCUCUGAGACGGCGUCGGUCCACCUCGGCCUGUCCCAGGUGGAGCUGACAGGGAACAGUAUAUUUGAGUACAUCCACCCGUCCGACCAUGAUGAGAUGACAGCAGUGUUGAGCUCUCACCAGCCCCCCCACCAUAACUUUUCACAAGAGUAUGAAAUGGAGCGCUCUUUCUUCUUGAGGAUGAAGUGUGUCCUUGCUAAACGCAACGCAGGCCUGACAUGUGGAGGAUAUAAGGUCAUCCACUGCAGCGGCUACCUGAAGAUCCGUCAGUACAUGAUGGAUAUGGCUCUGUACGACUCAUGCUACCAGAUUGUGGGUCUGGUGGCGGUCGGCCACUCCCUCCCUCCCAGCGGCAUCACCGAGAUCAAACUCCACAGCAACAUGUUCAUGUUCCGUGCCAGCCUGGACUUCAAACUCAUCUUCUUGGACUCCAGGGUGGCAGAGCUGACGGGCUACGAGCCUCAGGACCUGAUAGAAAAGACCCUGUACCACCACGUCCAUGGCUGCGACGUCUUCCAUCUGCGCUACUCUCACCAUUUAUUGCUGGUGAAAGGGCAGGUCACUACUAAGUAUUACCGCAUGUUAUCGAAGCAUGGAGGCUGGGUGUGGGUGCAGAGCUAUGCCACCAUCGUGCACAACAGCCGCUCCUCCAGGCCUCACUGCAUUGUCAGUGUUAACUACGUCCUCACUGACAUAGAGUGUAAGGAGUUGCAGCUGUCUGAAGAGCAGAAUCAAGCCACUAAGCCUGGCCUCAGCUUGACUUUCUCUCAGGACCACCGCAAACAACUCAAAACCAAAGCAGUCAAGAUCAAGACCAAACCCAAAACAACGCCUUAUCCUCAGUCCAGCAGCUCGUUCCAAACAGAUAAACCCAGUUGCUCCCCACAGAGAGGGUUGCGGAAGGAGAGCCCCCCCUACCAAGCCACUGCUUGCAGGGAGCAGAGUUCAAGCUCCACCCCUGAGGCAGGCCAGGUUUCCUGCAGUGCCCCCUACAGCCUGACCUUCCCCUAUGCCUACAGCCAUCUGCAUCUUGAAAGUCAGACCAGGCUUCCGGGCUCGGCUGCCACCUCUCAGCUGGCUCAUCAGCUCAUCAGCUCCCUGCAAGGAAGGACGCCUGUUGGUUGGAGCAUCAGCAGUCCCAAGACCCAGGACACCCUGAGCCCCCCGGCACCCGAAACAUACACAGGCCCUGUGUUGCCAGCUAUCCGGAGGUACCCUGAGGAGAACCAGCAUGAGGUCUUCUCGAGCAGUGCGGCCCUGCACCCAAACAGUAGGUUCAAGGAAGAGCCCUACGAACAUUACAUGCUUGUCCACAGCAAGAUGUCAGAUGUUCACCCACACUCCCACCCUCAGGCCACCAGGGACAGCAAGCUGCCGUUUAGCCAAGACAUCCGCUACAAGGCUAGUAGAGGCAGUGAGGGACCUCAGGCUGACAAGGCCCUGGCUUGCCCCCUGCUCAGUGGUCUGGUGCUGGGGAAGGGUGAGCAGGCUGGCUCCAUCCACGGUGUGGGCCAGCCUCUCCCUAUGCAGGUGGUGCUGGAACAGAGGAGGAGGUUGUGCAUGAUGGAGGCGCCGUACACUCACCCAGCUGCUGGAUUUCCACAACCUGUAGACAGCCACCGGCAGCGUGGAGCCCCCAAAGACCUGGAGCCUGAGUCUGGGCAAGAGGACAGGAAAAUGUGGAUAGGCAUGGGGGUGGGGCUUCCCGCCCGCGCCCCAUAUGUGUCUUUGAACUUUCACAAAGUCUUGGGCAAACAUGGUUCGCUUAAAGCGCCCCCAUAUACUACACUGAGCCAUUUAACAGACAGCUAUGGUUACCAUGGUAAUGAGAUGGCAUCUUACAGCUGUCACAGCCAAAGCCCCGCCUCCAGCCCUUCCCCUGAAGGCCACAGGGAGAUCCCACAUUACAUUGGCACAUCUGUCAUCAUCACCAAUGAGAGGUGA